AUGAAUGGAGCUGUGGAAGUUGCUAAUAAGAACAUCAAGAGGAUACUGAGAAAGAUGAUUGACAAAUACAGAUCUUGGCAUGAAAAUUUACCUUAUGCUUUGCUAGCUUAUCGCACCCCGAUUCGAACCUCAACUAGAGCAACUCCUUAUCUAUUGGUAUACGGAACAAAAGCAGUGAUACCAGCUGAAGUUGAGAUACCCUCUUUAAGGAUUAUUCAGGAAGCUGGAUUGAGCGAUGCCGAAUGGAGAAUGACUCGCGCUUUCAACAAGAAAGUUAGAGUUCGAACAUUUGAUGUAGGCCAAUUGGUGUUAAAAUGCAUUUUUCCUCAUCAAGAGGAAUAUAAAGGGAAAUUUGCACCUAACUGGCAAGGAUCAUAUGUCAUCCACAAAGUACUAUCAAGAGGAGCUUUGGUUCUAGCAGAGAUGGACGGUAGAGUGUGGCGAAAAGCUAUCAAUUCAGAUGCCGUCAAAAGAUACUACAUUUGA